AUGUCAGCUUCCAACUAUUCCACUGUCAAUUACAAUAUGUUUGUCCUCAUUGGCAUCCCCGGGUUAAGGGAGUUACACACGUGGAUCUCUGUUCCCUUCUGCCUGAUGUACCUGGUGGCCGUGGCAGGAAAUGGAAUCCUGAUCUACGUGGUGGCAGUAGACCACAGUCUUCAUGAACCCAUGUACCUCUUCCUCUCCUUGCUGGCUUUUUGGGAUCUGAUCCUAUCCACAUCUACAGUACCCAAAGCUCUGAGCAUCUUCUGGUUUGAUGACGUGGACAUCUCCUUCGGUGGUUGUGUAACCCAGCUCUUCUUCAUGCAUUUUGCCUUCGUAGUGGAGUCAGGCAUUCUCUUGGCCAUGGCUUUUGACCGCUAUGUAGCCAUCUGCUACCCACUGAGGUAUACCACCAUUCUUAGCCAUGGUGUCAUUGGCAAAAUAGGGGGCGCUGUAGUGCUUAGGGGUUUUGCAACUGUUUUCCCCAUCGUCUUCCUUGUGAAACGCCUGCCCUUCUGCCGGACAAACAUCAUUGCCCACACAUUCUGUGAGCACAUGGGGCUGGCAAAGCUGGCUUGUGCUGAUAUCACCGUCAAUAUUUGGUAUGGAAUCUCUGUGCCAUUGCUCAGUGUUAUGCUAGACAUGGUGGCAAUAGUUGUCUCCUAUGGGCUUAUUCUGCGGGCAGUUUUCAGGCUGCCAUCCCACGAUGCUCAGAUGAAAGCGCUCAGCACCUGUGGUUCCCAUGUCUGUGUCAUCCUCAUGUUCUACCUUCCAGGGAUUUUCACUGUCAUUGCUCAGCGCUUCGGCAGAAAAAUCCCCAAGCACGUCCACAUCCUGCUGGCCAAUCUGUAUGUUCUUGUUCCUCCCAUGAUGAACCCAGUUAUCUAUGGAGUAAAGACUAAACAAAUUCGUGAACGAGUGGCCCUUGUAUUUUCUUUAAAAGGGAAGUAUUACUGA